GCAGGACAACAAAUUAUUUUUUAAAUGAUGUUCAAAUGGAGUAAAUUCCACGCUGAAUAUACCAGCUUAGACUUUCGGGGCUGGUUUACAGUAGAUGGAGGACCAGCAUAGCUAUGUUGUUCACCAGCAAUAUUUCUAAUAGGGCUGAUUGACCAAGGGAGACUCGCUUAUUAAAGCGAUAUUUCAUUGAACAUUUAAAUACUGUCAUCAUUUACUUAUGUUUUUCCAAAUCUGUAUGAAUUUCUUCCUUCCUUAGAAAACAAAAGGUGGCAGAAUGACAGGCUCAAAUUAACAUUCGCACUCAUUGUAUCUUUUUAUCCAAAUAAUGAAAGUGAAUGUUGACUAAGGCUAAAAUUCAUAAUGAUUUUUUUUGGUGAACCAUCCCUUUAAAUAAGGUUUCUUGCAUUGUGUAUUUAUGAAAUAUGCUGUUUUUGUAACAUAGUUGCCUGCUAUGUAGGAUUUUGAAACUGAAUUUCCACUUGUGCACAUGGCUAUUGACGUGAGAAUUUGUGGUGGUGAAUAUGUAAAAAAAAUUCCCUCACAACAAGGUUCGGGCAGCCUUCAAAAAGGGUCAAAGCAACCCGACACCUGGCCGUUCUCCUCUGCUGUUUUCUGUUCUUCUACCACAUAUUCACCCAGGCGCUGGAAUCGAAGAGGGCUUCUUUUCAAAGUCUUCAGAUACAUUCCGCCCUCCAGCAGAACUUGGAAAGUCAACUCGCAAACAGCCAGCGACACUAAUUUUUCAUUCCGCUUCUGCUAGGAGCCAGCCAAAGACAACUGCAGCUUGAGGUCAGAAGCCUCGGAGGUAAAGGACAUUAAUCCAAACAUUUGAGCUGGAUUAUCUUCACUAAGGAUUAAGGACAUAUUUAAAACAGCUGCUCUCUGAGAAUGUAACCCCUGCCCUUCCCUUGGGAGACUUCAGAAAGUUUAUCACCCAACUGAGGAAUUCUGAAGUUUAAGAGAGUGUUCCUUUCCCAUCCAUACCUGCUGAACUUUUCCAUAGCAGGGAUGCCCGCCAAAACACCAAUCUACCUGAAAUCCACCAAUAGUAAGAAGGGAAAGAAAUGUCGUUUGAGGGACAUCUUGUCCCCUGACAUGAUCAGCCCUCCUCUUGGUGAUUUUCGACACACUAUCCACAUUGGAAAGGGUGGCGAAUGUGAUGCCUUCGGUGACAUGUCAUUCCUGCAAGGAAGAUUUGAGCUUCUACCUGGAAAAGGUGGUCUUAUUCGGCCACAAUACAACAAAAAUGGGGAGUUUACGAGGGCCAAUAGCGCCUCCGAUGCCUCUUAUGUCGAAACUCCAUCCCCAGUCCUGAAAAAUGCCAUCUCCCUCCCAAGCAUUGGUGGAAGCCAAGCACUAACCCUACCUCUAAUCUCCACCACUGUGUUCCCCAUGACUCAGCACCCUCUGGACAACCUAGAUGAACCAUCUUCUCUUCCAGCUGGUUUUGAUGUGAAUGAAGAUCUGGAGAUCCUGCAGAUGGAGACCUUGUUUCAGUCAGUCAGUGUCUUCAGAAGUGACCCCAGCCCCGUUCCGGAGGAGGACGAACCCUCAGUCAAACAUUUGGAGAUACCUGAGAAGUCACCUGCCAAAAAGAAGAUCCACAGCAGUGAAAAUCAUCUUGAGAAGUUCUUAUCCAACUUCAUUAACGAGGAUGCCAAUGCCAAUGGGAAUUUCAGCAAUGGUAACAAUCAAAACAACAGCGGCUCGGUCUUCCAGUAUACGCAUGAGUUGUUUGAAGUCAAGGGCGAUUGGGCAGACAGAGAUAGUGGUGUGGAAGAGGGUCGUUUAUGUGAUUCAGACUUUGAAAUCUCCAAAAGCAAAAGCCACUCACAGGAGUCGCUCACACAAAUCACAGGAUCCCUUUGCUCGCUUGAACUCGACUUGGGCCCCUCCAUUUUGGAUGACAUACUCAAUAUCAUGAAUAAGCCUGUGCCGUAGACCAUGACUUUGACUGAGAAGCAAAAGGGAAUAUAAUUUGCUUGUGCCCACAGAGAGACUUACUAGUCAAAUGAAGAUCUGCAAUGUGACAUGGCAAUGUUGGGUCUUUUUUUAAAUGAACUGAAGAGGCUAAACUGACUUUCCUUUCUCAGAAAAAAGUCCCUUUCUCAGUUUGUUAGCAUUAGCUUCAGAGCGGAGAAUUCACAAAGAAGGAUUUGCAGCCGCUGAUGCGUUAUUUGCACACUGACUGCAUAGUUUUAGCACCCGAUUCACUAAAAAAAUUAUGCAAACCAGGUAACGCCACAAACACGCCCAAAAAGUUUAAAUGGUCCUGAGUGCUUGGUUGUGGAGAAUUCAGCAAACUUCACUGGGACUAUAAUACAUGUUCUCUGUCAUUUGAUGAUCAUUUGUUGAAUAACUGCCAUGAAAUCAAUAGAAAAUGUACAGAAACAUCUCUGUUUAAAAAAAUAUAUAUUAAAAUAACAGGGAAAUGUUAAUUACGGUAGGCAAAUACCAUUUUUAGAAUCAGGUACAGGUACAUUAGUCAAGUUGGACUCGGGGUGUAUAAUAAGAUGCAGGAUUUUGCACUGAGAUACAGUGCACUGUUUAGUGAAUUUACCCCAGAGUGUCUCUGCAUACCUUUGCUGUUUGGGACAGAGUGCAAAAUUAAAGCAGUUGACAUCACAGCCAUUGUACCUUUUAAGUUGCAAAAUGACAGCACUUUAAGCAUGUGUAGACACCAAUGCUAUUUUAAAUGCAGAUAAAAUUAGGUUUGUUCUGUUUACCGUUGUUCAUGCACAACGUCCACAAAAUCAUACAAUAGCGAGAUAACAUUUCUCAUCCAGACGCCUGUGUAAAUUAAUGGAAACAUAUACAAGCCAUGUCCCCAUCACAAAACCAUUCAUGCACCAGUUUAUUUAUACUGACUAUUUCAAUAACCACACUACCAAAUCCUAUAUGUUUAAAGCAUAUAUGUUUUUACAUUGUGAAGCUAAAUAUGAAAUAAAUACAUGAACAAGUAACUC